AUGAGAAUAUUUAAUAAUACUGUGUAAAUUCAUUACCACAAUAUGUGUAAAAUUACAUCAAAAUAUUUAAGAUCAUAGAGCCUGCUGAUUUUGAGCUAUUGAGAUGCAAUUUUCACAUAUAUUGUAGAUAAAUGACCCUGUCUCCUUUUGAACACUGGUCGAAAACGGAGAGCGAGUUUUAGGAAAUUUUUACAUCAGCGGAUAGAGAAUUGUUAGUUCCAUCUUCAUAUUCAAUAGCACGCUUAUCCAAUUAAAAACGCCUUAGAAAUACGCAAAAUACUAAGAAACUUUGUGCAAGUGGCCGAAAUUACCCCAUCUGACUCUAAACAAUGUAAAAGAAGGAAAAUGAUUCUUUUUUCAUUAACUUCUUUACCAACAGAAAAUAACUUUGAAAACCAUUAGAAGGGAUGAUUUUUUCUUUUAUUUAGUUUUUAAUCGAAAAAAUAUGAACAUCUGUUUGUCUGAAGUACCCUUUUUUAUAAGAUUCUUUCUAAAUCUGUUCUAUAUUCAUAAUAAAAAACAAAUUUUACUAUUUCAAGUGAAUGAUUGAUAUAUUUAUAUACGAAAGAAAUAGAUAAAAAUUGUAUUCUUCUAUGUUUUGUUUUUUAUUAAUACGGACAUAAAAAGGUCUAUAUAAAUAAUGAUUUUUGCUUAUUUGUAGACAAUUUUUAUCUGACAAUGGCUGAUAGUAGUAAUCAUACUAAACAGAAUGGUGACGCUGAAGAUGGAAAAAUACUAACAAUGGCAAAUAUAAAUCCGAAUGUUAUUAAUGUUCAAUAUGCUGUUAGAGGUCCCAUUGUGAUUCGUGCAGCAGAAGUUGAAAAAGAAUUGAAAGGGGGAAAUCACAAUUAUCCAUUUGAUCAAGUUAUUCGAGCAAAUAUUGGCGAUUGUCAUGCAAGUGGAAAUCAAGUACCUGUGACGUAUCUAAGACAAUUUGUUGCUGGAUGUACAUAUCCUCCUAUCAUGAACCAUUCUGAUUUUCCAUCUGAUAUCAAAUUACGUGUUGAUCGAUUUUUAUCCUAUUGUGGUGGAAAAAGUCUUGGCUCCUAUACGGAAAGUCCCGGUUUAGUACCUGUAAGACAAGAUAUUAGCGAAUAUAUUGAGAAACGUGAUGGUCAUAAAUCGGAUCCAAAUGAUAUUUAUUUAUGUAAUGGUGCAAGUGAUGGAAUUAAAACAGUGAUUAAAUUAUUAAUGAAUAAUGAUGUAAAUAGACCAAGUGGUAUAAUGAUACCUAUUCCUCAAUAUCCAUUGUAUUCCGCAACAUUGUCAGAAUAUGGAGCAUAUCAAAUUGGAUAUUAUUUAGAUGAAGAUAAUAAUUGGGCAUUAGGUAUUGACGAAUUAGAACGAGCAUUAAACGAAGCAAAAGAACAUUGUAUACCGAGAGGAAUUGUUGUCAUUAAUCCUGGAAAUCCGACUGGUCAAGUGUUAACACGUGAAAAUAUCGAAAAUAUUAUUCAAUUUGCUCAUAAACAUCGUUUAUUUUUAAUUGCCGAUGAAGUCUAUCAAGAAAAUGUUUAUUUAGCUGGGUCAAAAUUUUAUUCAUUUAAAAAAGUAUUAAUGGAUUUAGGUGCACCAUAUAAUCAAAUGGAGUUGGCAUCAUUUCAUUCAGCAUCCAAAGGAUGGCAUGGAGAAUGUGGAUCAAGAGGUGGAUAUUAUGAAUUAAUAAAUAUUGAUAAAGAUGUACGUACACAACACAAUAAAUUGAUAUCAGCUUGUUUAUGUUCUACGGCAUGGGGACAAGCGAUUAUGGAUGCAAUUAUUAGUCCACCUAAAGAAGGUGACGAAUCGUAUGAAUUAUAUAUGAAAGAGCGUACGGCCGUUGUUAAUCGUUUAAAAGAAAAAGCAGAUUUAGUUAGUGAUUUAUUUAAUUCGGUUGAAGGUGUACGCUGUAAUACUGUGAUGGGCGCUAUGUAUGCAUUUCCACGUAUCGACAUACCACAAAAAGCACAAGAACAAGCUAAACGUCAAAAUAUGGCACCAGAUGCAUUUUAUUGUUUUCAAUUAUUAGAAAAAACUGGCAUAUGUGUCGUACCUGGUAGUGGAUUUAAACAACGUCCUGGUACUCAUCACUUUCGCACAACUAUUUUACCACCCGUAGAACAAAUGAAACAAGUCGUUGAUAAAUUUAGAACAUUUCACAUUUACAUCCGCUUUUUAUAUGUAUACCGUCAUUAUUUUGGAUUAGGAUUGAGCAUUAAAGGGAAUAUAAUUCGAACAAAGUUGAAGCAGAUUAAUGAAUUGAAUGAUAAAGUUGCAGUAUUUAUAUUACACUUCUAUUAUUCUUCUACUGACGCUGAACAAUCAACAAAACAUCAUAAAGGUUGCCCAAUGACAUUUUUAUUACAAGUCGAACGAACUGCAUUAGGAUUAGAUGAGAAUAAUGCACUCGUUUGGCAAGAUGAGUACAAAACUGGAAAUGUCUGGAAAUAUGAAAAAUUUGGUGCUGAUAUGGGUUGCGUCUAUUUAUAUGAAAUUGACUAUGCGAAUCGAGGCCAAAUCGAAGUAUCGAUUGAAGAUCACGAUGUAUUCAAAGCUUUUCACGAUUGUAUGAAAGAUAUGAGCAAAUUUCGACAAUAUCUUUAUUACAUUGGAACAUCUUGUGAUGCGACAAAAUUGCGAAAUAAAAUUCAAAAAUUAAAAGAGCGAGUAUUAAAAAGCUUUACACACCAACGAGAAUUGAUUUUGGAAACUGGAAAAGGAGCAAUUUCUAAGAGUGAUUUGACAACCAAACGUCUUGAAAAAUGUAUAUGUUUUACAUUAGCAUCAUUGAACUAUUACGAAAAUCUUUUACAUAAAUUUACUAUAUUACUUGUUAAUUUUCCACUUGCAAGCGAUCGUACAAAUGUUGUUAAUCUCGGAUUUGAAGAUUCAACAAUAAAUGCCGAAGAUGUAUCAUAUGAGAAUGUUGAAGCCGAAGAAAAUGAGACAAACCGUUAUAUUGAAUUACUCAAUCAAAUUCAACAAUUGCAUACACUUCGAGAAGAUAUUGAACAGAUUGAUGUCCAUCAACUUCGUUAUCACGCAACAUCUUACUCGAAAGAAUUUGUGGAAAACAUGCAUAAAUAUAAUAAUGAUGUUACGUUGGAUUCAUUGGAGGCAAAUGGAUCAUCGCCUGUAAAAUGA